UUUACGACCGUUUACAGGGGUGGACGGCAGGAGUCGUGCAAGCUUGAUUACGUUGUGUUGUUUACAAAGUUGAAAGUUCUCCACAUUUUCUCAGUUAAUAACACGUUUCAUAUUGUAAAUUCACAGCGUCAACGUAACUUCAGAUAUGGGGAAGCAAAAGAAAAAGAGUGAUCUGAGCCGUGCAGAGUUAAUGAUGAUGACCAUUGCUGAUGUCAUCAAUCAGCUGGUCGAGGCGCAUGAAGAGGGAAAAGACAUCAACCUCAACAAGGUGAAGACGAAGUGCUCUGCUAAAUAUGGUCUUUCAGCUCAGCCCAGGCUAGUAGACAUCAUAGCUGCUGUUCCACCCCACUACCGCCGUGCCCUGGUGCCCAAACUCAAGGCCAAGCCUAUCCGCACUGCCAGCGGGAUUGCAGUAGUUGCUGUGAUGUGCAAACCCCAUCGAUGCCCCCACAUCAGCUUCACUGGAAACAUCUGCGUAUACUGUCCAGGUGGGCCAGACUCAGACUUUGAAUAUUCCACACAGUCUUACACUGGCUAUGAGCCGACGUCUAUGAGAGCCAUCAGAGCACGGUAUGAUCCCUACCUGCAGACCAGGCAUCGAGUGGAACAGUUGAAGCAGCUGGGCCACAGUGUGGACAAGGUGGAGUUUAUAGUGAUGGGAGGAACCUUCAUGGCCCUGGCUGAGGAGUACAGAGACUACUUUAUCAGGAACCUCCACGACGCCCUGUCAGGACACACCUCUAACAACGUGGCUGAGGCCGUCAGGUACUCGGAACGCAGUAACACCAAGUGUGUUGGUAUCACCAUCGAGACGCGCCCUGACUACUGUCUGAAGAGACACCUCAGUGACAUGCUGGGGUACGGCUGUACCCGGCUGGAGAUAGGGGUUCAGAGCGUCUACGAGGACGUGGCGCGGGACACCAACAGAGGUCACACGGUGAGGGCGGUGUGUGAGUCCUUCCACUUCUCCAAAGACGCAGGUUUCAAGGUGGUGUCUCACAUGAUGCCUGAUCUCCCUAAUGUUGGUAUGGAGAGAGACGUCGAACAGUUCAUCGAGUUCUUUGAGAACCCAGCGUUCAGGCCAGAUGGGUUGAAGCUGUACCCUACUCUGGUGAUCAGGGGUACAGGUCUGUAUGAGCUGUGGAAGACCGGUCGCUAUAAGAGCUACUCCCCCUCUGCCCUGGUAGAUCUAGUGGCACGCAUCCUGGCACUGGUGCCACCCUGGACUAGAGUCUACCGCGUCCAGAGGGACAUCCCCAUGCCUCUGGUGAGCUCUGGGGUGGAGCAUGGUAACCUCCGAGAGCUGGCUCUGGCCAGGAUGAAAGACAUGGGGACGGAGUGUCGAGAUGUGAGAACAAGAGAAGUGGGAAUCCAGGAGAUCCAUCACAAGGUGCGUCCCUACCAGGUGGAGCUGAUUCGUAGAGACUACGUGGCCAACGGUGGCUGGGAGACCUUCCUGUCCUACGAGGACCCAGAACAGGACAUUCUGAUCGGUCUGCUGCGUCUGCGGCGUUGUUCCGCCCAAUCAUUUCGCCCUGAGCUCAAAGGGGGCGUGUCUAUCGUCCGUGAGCUGCACGUCUACGGCAGCGUGGUUCCCGUCAGUAGCAGAGACCCCAGCAAGUUCCAACACCAGGGCUUCGGCAUGAUGCUGAUGGAAGAAGCAGAGAGGAUCGCCAGAGAAGAACACGGCUCUGGGAAACUAGCCGUUAUCUCAGGUGUGGGAACUAGGAACUACUACAGGAAGAUGGGUUAUGAGCUGGAGGGACCGUAUAUGGUGAAACACCUGGAGGUGUGUCUGUAGACGGACGUGGGGAAUUAACGUGUUUUUAUUAUAAUUAUUUUACCAAGACACACACCAGACAAAAAUAUAUUUAUUUGUUACUAAUACAUGAUUGUUAGUCGCUCUGGAUAAGAGCGUCUGCUAAAUGACUUAAAUGUAAAUGUUACUUUGGAGACACUGCAUCGUACAUGGAUGACAAUACAUGAACCACUCUUGUUUUGGGUAUGCUUGUGGUAUCAGAGGGGGCGGAGUGGAUAGGUCAGUUUGGAGGAAGCUGAUCCUACCUCUGUGCAUAAAAGAGUCACUUCUACCCAGAGUGGGAACAGCAUAAGAGUCACCUCGAUGGACCAGUAGUGGUCUGUGCGUCCUCGGGUCAUUUAUUAAGCCGUAGUUCAGGAAUACUAUGGAAGAGUCUCGUCCAGCUUCAUGAGAUAACUAGGAGGCUGUUUAGCGUCAUGUUGUUUUUAAGUUCAUCAUGUUAUCAGUUGAGUUGAGGAAGACCACCAGUAUGAAUCGGUGUUCAUUAACGGACUUGGCACAGUAUAAUUCGUCAGUCGGGGGGGGGGGGAGUCCCCUCUGUCUCUGAACAGAUGUUUUUAUAGGGCAGGAAAUGGAAUAAUAGUGUUGCAUACGUUUAUUUUUAAACACUGUUAAUCCUAUCCCAUGUUUUUUCCUGUUUUUGUUUUUAUUUACAACAAAUGUUACUUUUGUUUUGGUGUUGGCCUUAAGAUUUCAGUUAAAAUCCCUUUCACUGCUCUGAAAGCUGUUUUGGUUUCAUGGGAAUAAAAUAUUUAACAGUUAUAUAAUUUCAA